AAAUAAGGGACUCUUAUUGGAUCAAUUCUUGUUGUACUAAACAUAUAUAUGGAAGGUAAGAAUAGUUGGUUCAGUUUUUAAAAGAGAAAUUGGGGUAGUUUAGGGUUUGAGGUACAAGUGCAUGUGGAAGUGUGAUGGAGGAUGAAAAAUUGACGGAAAAGGAGUCGCCCCCCGAGAAGAAAUUGAAAUUGGAGGUUGAUGAUGAUUUGAAGGGUGAGGAUGGAGAGUAUGAUUUCAUGGGUGAGGAUGAUACCGGAUCUGAUGUGAAGGGUGAGGAUGAUACCGGAUCUGAUUUGAAGGGUGAGGAUGGAGAGUAUGAUUUCAUGGGUGAGGAUGAUACCGGGUCUGAUGUGAAGGGUGAGGAUGGAGAGCCGCUCAAUUAUGAUCCAUAUGAUUGGCAAACUUACCCAGAUAAGGACGUCUUUAUCAAGUAUUAUCAACAGUUACGCGAGAGCGAUGGUUUUGAGUUUGAUGAAUACCCUGGGUCGUGCAUGUUUACUCCCAUCUACCCCAUUCUGGAAUUUCAUCUUUUUCCUGAGUUUGUGGAUAGGAUCAAGGGUUAUGCUUCAUUGGCAAUCAAGCGGUGCUUUGGCGAUGAUGGAAAAGAACGCAAAGUUACGGAUAUUGUGAAGAUAAAUGCAGGUGGUUGUCGUGACUUUACCUACUACAUUACUUUUAAAAUUGAAACUGAGGGGAAAGAAGAAACUUUUCAAGCUAAGGUGGAAUGCACGAUUGAGAAAACGAUUGAGAUCCCAAUUUGCAGGCGCAAGGUCGACUAACUUGUUGCUGAAAUACCUGCAGUGACUCGUGUCUUUUGGCCCCUUGUGUACAAAAACUUUGCUCUCUAUUACUAGAGGAGAGCUAGUAUUAUUGGUUUUCUUAUCUGCUAUGGACAUCUUAUUGGCAGUGUAGCGGUAUUUAUUUUGAUGUUUGUGACUUGUACUGGCUCCAUGUUUAUGAUUAAAAUGUAGUACUUUUUCUUUUUUCGCUUCAAAAGACAAGUUUAGUGAUACUACUGCACUACAAUGAUCAUUUUAUGACUCA